UGUCGGGAGCGAUGGGCGACUGGAGCUUCUUGGGGCGGCUGCUGGAGAAUGCGCAGGAGCACUCCACAGUCAUCGGCAAGGUGUGGCUGACUGUGCUGUUCAUCUUCCGCAUCCUGGUGCUGGGGGCGGCGGCCGAGGAGGUGUGGGGAGACGAGCAGUCGGACUUCACUUGCAACACGCAACAACCCGGGUGCGAGAACGUCUGCUACGACCGCGCUUUCCCCAUCUCGCACAUCCGCUUCUGGGCGCUGCAGAUCAUCUUCGUGUCCACGCCCACCCUCAUCUACCUGGGCCACGUGCUGCACAUCGUGCGCAUGGAGGAGAAGAAGAGAGAGCGGGAGGAAGAGAUGCUGAGGAGAGACAACCCCCAGCAUGGCCGUGGCCGCGAGCCGAUGCGUACAGUGAGUCCGCAGGACCCGCCACUGCGAGAUGACCGUGGCAAGGUGCGCAUUGCUGGCGCGCUGCUGCGGACCUACGUCUUCAACAUCAUCUUCAAGACGCUCUUCGAAGUGGGCUUCAUCGCGGGCCAGUACUUUCUCUAUGGCUUCCAGCUGCAGCCACUUUACCGCUGUGACCGCUGGCCCUGUCCCAACACGGUAGACUGCUUCAUCUCUAGGCCUACAGAGAAGACCAUCUUCGUCAUCUUCAUGCUCGCUGUGGCCUGUGCGUCACUGGCGCUCAACAUGCUGGAGAUUUACCACCUGGGCUGGAAGAAGCUCAAGCAGGGGGUUACCAACCACUUCAGCCCCGAUGCCUCAGAAGCCAGACACAAGCCCUUGGACCCCCUACCUCACACCUCCAGCUCUGGCCCUCCCAGCGCCUCCAUUGGGUUCCCACCUCUCUACACACACCCUGCCUGUCCCCCGGUGCAGGCCACGGCCACGGGGUUUCCUGAGGCCCCACCACCACCAGCAGACUUCACAGUGGUAACCCUGAACGAUGCGCAAGGCAGAGGCCACUCUGUCAAGCACUGCAAUGGCCUCCAUCUAACCACAGAGCAGAACUGGGCCAACAGAGUGGCGGAGCAGCAGACCUCCGCUAGCAAGGCCUCUUCGGUAGCAUCCAGCCCCGAGGGCCGUAAGGCAAUCAGGGACAGCAGUGGCAGCAGCCUGGAAGAGAGUGCCUUGGUGGUCAUGCCAGAGGAGGGAGAGCAGGCCUUGGCCACCACAGUGGAGAUGCACUCCCCGCCCUUGGUCCUCCUGGAUCCAGGAAGGUCCAGCAAGGCCAGCAGUGGGCGGGCCAGACCUGGUGACUUGGCCAUCUAGCCAUAGUUUCCCCAGACAGCUUGAUAGGCCUUCCCUUUCCCCCUUAGAAACCCCAAACCAAAAUGCCUUUCAAAUCACCAGGUAGAAAGAGAGAGAGCCUGACAGCGCUGGCAUCCCCAGAAACA